UACUGAAUUGUUCAUUAGUCUUCAGUCUGUCAUUGCACUCCACUGCCAUCUGUUCAACUACAAUCUUUCAUAAAUUCAUUAAAACUCAUAGUCUAGUGGAAAUUCUAGGCGAUCAGUAACCAGGUGAACCAAGUUGGUGAGGUAUGGCUAGUUGGAACCAUUAAAAUGGGAGUAUAUGAUCUCUAAUGGAUUUUAAUUGGCAGCCUGGACGUGAUAGAAGAGCUUCACUAAACAGUCUAAGAAUAAAGCAGGCUAUAAGUAUUUCCAUUCUGCUUCUUUUUCAUGUUAACAAGCAGUUUUUCAUCUAUAGUGCCAGCUUGUGCCCUGCAACUGAUCAACUUGGAUGUAUUUAUGAUGUUAAGUCCUGUUCCCGUUUCUAUCUGCGCUGUCUAAUGAGCUCCGGAAAUGCACAGCUCUGUUUCCCCUGGCAGUGUUCAGGGGUUUGGUGCGCGCGCCUCUCGGUGCUACCGGAGCGAGAUAGCGCUGAACAGCGCAGUUCAGAGGAGAAGCGUGUAGUGUAGUCCCAACUGCUCGUGCUCCCGGUACUGUGCACAAACCUGAAGAGCUCAAUGCUCAGAGCUCAAUCCUCAGAGCUCAAUGCUCAGAGCUGAAGCCAGUGUGCAAAUGGUGUUAAUGCUGUCCAAGCUCCAGCUUUCAGCCUGUCUUGGAGGUCAUCUCUAGCGCACGGGCAGAUCAGCGGACAUCUCUGGGGCAUUUACUCACCUUGGUGGAGGAGGUCACCCUGUCAAGGAUAAGAGGUUUUGCUGAGAUUUUUUCACCUACUGCUCCUCACGCAUUCCAACCUGCCCUCCCUUGCUCCAAUUCGGACACGAAGAACCUGCUGCCACGUCAAUCACGUCUUCACAGCUAGCUGCAGGGCGGCCCUCGUGGCCGAAAUGCCACUGUGUGCCCUGCAAGUCGGUGGGGGAUCCUGAGGGGCAGGAGGUGCCCAUCGAGUGCAGCGGGCACAACAUCAAACAUUCUGACCAAAACAUGAACCUGUGUUGGACCGAGAUCAAGCGCAAAUCCCACAACAUCAGGGUGCGUCUGGAGGCCUUCUCAGACAACAGUGGGAAACUGCAGCUGUCACUGCAGGAAAUCAUCGAAUGGCUGACAGCUAAAGAUGAAGAGCUAUCAGAACAGUUGCCUAUAGGGGGUGAUGUGGGGGCUGUGCAGCACCAGCGUGAUUUCCACCAGGCCUUUAUGGAGGAUGUGAAGUCCAGAGGGCCCUUCAUCUACUCAGUACUGGAGUCAGCACAGUCCUUCUUAGCCCAGCAUCCCUUCCAGGAACCUGAUGAAAUGCUACCGGAUGGCAAAGAAUUGUCUCCAAGGCGGCGGAUGCAGAAUGUGAGCCGCUUGGUAUGGAAACAGGCUAAUGUGGCCAGUGACCUGUGGGAGAAGCUGACAGCGCGUUGUGUAGAUCGCCACCGACACAUGGAGAGGACGCUUGAGCGGUUGCUGCAGGUGCAGGCAGCCAUGGAGGAGCUGUCCCAUGCUCUGGAGCAGGCUGAUGGUGUGAGGGACGCCUGGGAGCCUGUGGGAGAUCUCUUCAUCGAUUCACUGCAGGACCACAUCGAUGCAACAAAGCUGUUUAAGGAAGAGCUGACUCAAGUCAAGGAAGGCAUGAAGCAUAUCAAUGACUUGGCCCACCAGCUAGCCAUUUCCGAUGUGCACUUGUCCAUGGAAAAUGCUCGUGCCCUUGAGCAGCUCAACAGCAGGUGGAAGCUGCUGCAGGGUUCUAUAGAAGAACGCAUGAAGCAGUUGCAGGAUGCCCACAGAGACUUUGGCCCUGGAUCACAGCAUUUCCUCUCUAGUUCAGUGCAGAUACCUUGGGAGCGUGCUAUAUCCCCAAACAAAGUGCCAUACUACAUCAACCACCAGGCACAGACAACCUGCUGGGACCAUCCAAAGAUGACAGAGUUGUAUCAAGCACUGGCGGACCUGAACAACAUCAAAUUCUCAGCAUACCGGACAGCCAUGAAGCUACGGCGAGUGCAGAAAGCUCUAAGAUUGGACCUGCUGAAACUGACCAGCAUAGCUGAGGUAUUCAGAGAGCAGGACCUGCAACAUAGUGAAUACAUGAUGGAUGUGGUGGAGGUGAUCCACACCCUCACUGCUCUGUAUGAGAAGCUGGAGGAGGAGCGAUCAGUACUCAUCAAUAUCCCACUCUGUGUGGACAUGUGCCUCAACUGGUUGCUCAACGUCUAUGACAGUGGACGGAAUGGAAAGAUGCGGGUGCUCUCCGUCAAGAUGGGAAUAGUUAGCCUAUGCAAUGCAGACAUCACGGAGAAAUACAGAUACCUGUUUAGACAGGCAUGUGAGUCAAAUGGCCUGAUGGAUCAGAAACACCUCAGCCUGCUGCUGCAUGAAGCUGUGCAGAUCCCUCGGCAGCUUGGUGAGGUGGCAGCCUUUGGGGGAAGUAAUGUGGAGCCCAGCGUCCGUAGCUGCUUCCGCAUGGCCCCAGGUAAGCCAUCUAUUGAAGUAACUCACUUCCUGGAGUGGGUGUGUCUGGAGCCUCAGUCCAUGGUGUGGCUUCCUGUACUGCACCGUGUGACCAUGGCUGAAUCUACCAAGCACCAAGCUAGGUGCUACAUCUGUAAACAGUGCCCCAUUAAGGGUUUCAGAUACCGGAGUCUGAAACAGUUCAACGUGGAUAUCUGCCAGACAUGUUUCCUGACCGGGCGAACAACCAAAGGCAAAAAGCUCCACUACCCCAUUAUGGAGUACUAUACCCUGACCACCUCAGGAGAGAAGAUGCGGGAUUUUGCGAAGACUCUAAAGAACAAGUUCCGAUCAAAGCAGUACUUCAGCAAGCACCCUCAGAGAGGCUACCUGCCCGUGCAAACAGUCCUGGAAGCAGAGAGUGGCGAGACGCCGUGUUCCUCUCCCAGGCUACCACAUGCAGACACACACAGCAGGAUCGAGCACUUCGCCAGCAGGCUGGCAGAAAUGGAAAGCCAGAGCUGCUCCUUCUUCACUGACAGCCUCUCUCCGGAUGAAAGUCUGGAUGAAGAUCAGUACCUCCUGCGUCAUUCCAGCCCCGCUCUGGAACAUGACUGUCCGCCUGGGCCACACUUCCUCACCCACCUUGACUGCCACAACAAAGAGGAACUGCAGCGAACACUGGCCCGUCUGGAAAACGAGAACAGGAUGCUGCAGGGUGAGUACCGGCGGCUGAAAUGGAAACAUGAAGAGGCUGCAGCAGCAACACCACAGCUGGUGGAGGGCAUCUCGGGCUUGGGCUUGCCACUUGGACAGCAGGAUGAGGAGCUCUUGGCUGAGGCUCGAGUACUGCGGCAACACAAGAGUCGCCUGGAGACACGCAUGCAGAUACUGGAGGAUCACAACAAGCAGUUGGAGUCACAACUCCACAGACUCAGAGAGCUACUGCUGCAGCCCAAAGAUGACUCAGAGGCCAAUGGGUCAGCUCCCUCCUCUCUGUCGUCGCCUGUGUCAGUGGUGCACCAGGGGGAGCCACUAAGCAAAGAGACCACAGACACUGAGGCUACAGGUGAGGAUUUGGAGCCGGAGCAGGACACGGUGCUACAGCUGCAGCAGGUGAUCGAGCAGCUGAGGAAUGUCUUCCCAUCUGAACCAGGCCAAUGAGGAGGCACACAGAUUCCACACUGCUCAGCUAAACCUGGAUUGGGUCCAGAAUAUGCAAGGCGGAAAAAAUAUAAAAAUUGGUUCAGCAGAUUUGGAGGACAUUUUUUUCUGAUCUCCAACUGCAGCUCAGCAGAGAGAGCUGGAACAUUUCUGAGUGAUUCACUAAUGUCUCGUGGUGCCAAAGGCCAACGCUCGAUCGGUACACUGUGUUAACCAGCUACCUGUAGUAGCAGCAGGUGUGUGUGGCUUCUCUAGUACAGCACAAUGACCUCACCACCAACCAGGCACAGAGAAAAGCGAACUUAUCUUCCUGUGCCAGCUACUUGGUGUUUCCUUUUUUAAUUGGUUACCAUUUUUCUGUUUAUUUCUUCUUCAUGCAACACUGAAAAUGACUCACGCAUAUGCAAGCUGUCCAGGUCUUGUAUGGCCUCUGCUCUCUGGAGCAAGUGGGAGCUAUGGAUUUUUUCCUGUGUAGGGUUGGUACAUCAUCAGCAGAAUAUAGAAUAGUAUCUGGAAGCACAGCACUUGUGUUCUGACAAAUCCAGCUUAGCCCUCCUUUCUCUCUCUCUCUCUCUCUCAUUCUCACUCUUACCUCUUCCUCUUUCUCAUGUGGGUUUUACCUCUGUUAUUACAUUUACCAAGCUCUCUCUCUCUCUCUCUCUCUCUCACACACACACACACACACACACACACACACAUAUCAGUGAGGGUAUAAACAUUCAAUCAGUGAGGGCAAUUUGUAACACUGCAGUGUGUACUUGGUGGGUACGUGGUGGAAGCUUUUGCUUGAAAAAUGACAGCUCUCUGCUGUGCCCUGCAGAUGGAGGGUGGCCUAGAACAGUGAUUCCCAACCUGGGGUGGGACCGGCAAAGAUCACACAGGGUGCUGAAGUCUCUUUCAAAAAUAGGAAGAAGGGAUGCACUUUUGCACGAUGUUGUCAAAAUGUCAGAAUCGUGCAAAAGGUGAAAGAGGAAGGUGAGGCUCUACAUCGUUAGGCACUAGCCAGUAAAAACCUGUCUGAAGAUAUUAGUGACACACUUUUUCUUGUAGUCAAGACCAUAUACUUCAUGAAGAGUUGCUCUACCAACAAAAGACUCUUUGCCCUGCUGUGUGAAGAAUAGGAACAUCAGACCUUAUUGUUACACACAGAGAUGCACUGGGUGUCACUUAGCCAAGUUCUUGUACUCUGCAAAAAAUGACAUCUUAACAAGAUGGAACUACCUUGAAUAUAGACAAUUUUAACUAGUAUUUCUAAUUAUAAUUUAUAUUUCUAGCCAUUUUUACUCAUUUCAAGCUUGAACUAGUCUUGUUGGAUUGGUUGUUUUGAUCAUUGUUAGCAAUUUUUGCUAAUUUUUAGAAGCUAAAUUAUCUGCCAAUAGAAUAAGACAAUUUAAAGCUUGAAAUUUGUUUUACAAAUGGCUAGAAAUAAUCUUAUAUUUGAUUUAUUGCAAUCUUUUUAGUAGAUAAAUUUGCCUAUAUUCAAAAUAAUUUCACUUGCUAUGAUGGCAUUUUUUGUAGUGUAUGUUUCUUGGAACUGAAAGAUAACAGUUCCUAUUGUUAUCCUAUAAUCCUGCAAGGCCAAAACAGUGAACUGGCAGAAAAGCCUCACCACAACAUUCAUUUCUAGGACCAUCUUCAGUGAACUUGUUACAAAAAAACAAAAGCCUGCAACAGGCUUGAUAUGCACUAGGAUUUCAGACUGGCUCGCAACAAAAUCACACCAGACAUUCCAUCUCUGAUCAGGGGCAUGCAGGCCCAAGGGGGCCAUUAAGUGCACAUAAUGGGACAGUUUUCCAACAGGCACAGUCAUUAAGUGCACAUAAUGAGACAGUUUUCCAACAGACACAGUUGUCCCAAGUGACCCAGUGGAGGUUUACCUGUGUUUUUGAUGUUACCUGCAAGCUCCUAUCAUUUUACUUGCAGAUCUGACUUGCAAAUUUUAUAUUAUUAAGAAUCUAAAGGAAUAAGACAAAUGUAUCAUGGAUAUAUGAAUCCUAAUAUGUUUGUUUCUGUGGUUGUGGGUUUUUUGGGGGGAGGUGGAUGGCGCCAUGCAAAAAAAAAAAAAAAGUUGGGAACCACUGGCCUAGAAGGUACCUCCUAAUCCUUAUCUCCAACAGUCUGAUUUUUGUAAACAAAGCUAACAUUAGAUCAUCGUUGUCAACUUCUCAGCACAGAGGUGUAGAAUUGGGGGUGGGUGGGGGGGGUGUCAUGUUAUGCAUCACACUCUCCAGGCUGCACAUCAUCCAACAGUUCAUACAGUUUCCUUCAGAUGCUUACUAACUGUAAAGCUGUCUUGACUCUAGGGUAUAAUCUGUUAAUUAAGACAGCUGUGAAAAAUGAUACUCCAGUUAAAUGUGAAUUAAAUUAAACAGUUUAAAGAAAUUUAAAGAAAAAUCUCAGAUAAAGACUUGUAGUGCCACUUAAAAUAUCUCCUAAUGUUUUUUUUUGUUUGUUUGUGUUUGUUUGUUUUUUUUUGUGAAUACAGCCCCUGCAGUGAGUGACACAGGAUGAAUUUUACAUUCUGCAUAAGGACAUGAGUUGAUCCCAUUCCUUAUAAGAGGCUUUCUUGUUGAAUGGUUAAUUGUGGUGGUCAGAGUUCUAUGAGAGGGAAAGAUGCUGAAAAGUUGCCAUGGUGGAAUACUAUGAAAAGAGAGACAGAUAAAGAAAGAGAUGGCAGUUGGAAGGAACAGAUUGUCUGUAGCUUUUUUCAUAGCAGCCCUGUAGAGUUUACUGCUGAGAGACAGACAGAAGAACAGAGAUAGGCUGAUCUCUGUGAAGUCAUUAUGUCAUGUGACAAGACGCAGUGCCUAUUUCUUUACCUUUCCUUGGACAAAAAUUCCUCUGAAGCCUGGUUUUCAGAGAAUGUAUAUAACUUUGAAUCCAUUCCACAUUGCACAAGCCCCUUCAUAAACAGGAAUGUUUGCAUUUGACGUGGAUGUACGUUACUAUUUGUGUUGAUGAGGUUGCUAGGGAACUGUCCUAUAAGACCUUGCACUGCUGGUUGCUCUCUGGAAAGGCAGAUUGCCAGUCAUUAUAAAGGAGUUGUAUAUGGUUUGGAGGAAAGAGGGAGAGGACAACUGAGAGAGUUCUAGAUUGUACACCUCCCUGUGCAAACCACUGGUCACUGCUUAGCUGGCAUGGCUCUUAUAUUAAAAGCAACAUCUGCUGCAUCCAGCUGGGAUACCUGUUUAUCACAUUACGAACACUUAAAGAUAAAAAAAAAGCAUAACAAACUCAAUUUCUUAUGUGUUUAUUCAUAUGUCAUGUGGCAUAUUCAGGAAAAAGCAUAUGUAUGAAAGUUUUAAAUCCAUAAAUCAUUUCACAUCCUGAAGCAUACUGGCACAGGGAACAGCAUGCACUCCCAGAUAGAGAAAUUGUCAGACCUGGCAUAGUAGCAAAUCCUUUACAUCAUAAUCUUGCUAUGCAUUGUUGCAUUUACCGUAGAUAUUUGUUUUUGUCUAACACAUUCACUAUGAUUUUUUGCUUAAGGUCAUAUUUCUUCAAAG